UUAAAACAAUACUGUUUUUGCGUCGAUGUUCACACAUACGGAAAACUUGCAACAACAUGUCGAAGAAACAACCAAGCAAAAGCACAUUUUACUCAUUCUGUUUCGUUUCUGCGCUGGUUGGAGCUGAGUACGCUUUUAUCAUACCUUCAUUGUGGUACUACUUGAAAAAAGUGAUUCAAACGCAACAUCCUGAUGUUUUCUAUUCGCUUACCAUCGUUUCGUUUUACGUCAUGGCCAUAACUGGUUGUAUCACUCUACCAAAGUAUGUGAAUCAAACAAAAAGCCAUCGAAAGUCAUUAUUGAUACUCUGUGGAUGUGGAGUUGUUGGUAACGGCUUGUAUGCAAUUCCAAUCUCUGUAGGGUUUCCUCUACUUGGUAGAACACUUCAAGGUGUUUGCCAGGCCUCAUUACCAAUUAUGGCUGGACAGCUAGGAAGAAUUUAUUCAACGCAGGGUGCCAUUGGAAAGGUAGCAGCUUUAAAAUUAUGGAACUUUAUUACAUUGGUGUCUUUUCCUGCUUUGCACAUAAUGCUUGACCAUGUGGACUUGCAUGUUCUUGGUAUGAAAAUCAACAAUGCAAACAUCACAAGUUUGGUAUUGUGCGUGUUAUGGAUGUUAUGUUUGCUUGUUUCCUUUUUUAAUUUGGAUGACAUUUCAGCUGAUUACAACUGUUUUGAGGAUAAGAAUUAUGCUAGUUCAGGUUCCGAAACUGUGUCGGAACAAAAAAAGCAAAUGGAUAUGGAAAAUCUUCUCGCUGAGAAUAAUUCUAAAAUUUAUUCUGACGACUAUUUUGUCACUUCGCAACGAUACAACGCCGAAGAAACUGUUCAAUUGUCUAUUAAAGAAAAACCGAAUGCAAGUGGAAAUACUAAAGCUGAAGUUGCCACUGCUAAACGUCAGAAGGCUUUGCAUACAAUAAUGCAACUAUUCUACAAUUUAGAGCUGAAUGUUAUUAUUUUUACAAUCAUAUUAGCAAGGCUUCAAUCUUUGUAUUCAUCAGAUAUAGCAUUCUCCAAGGAUAAAAACUACAAUUUGUCGGAACCAAAAAGAAUGAGCUUAGUGCUUGGAUCAACUGGUGUAUGUUUCAUCUUAGUGUCGUCAUUUGUGAAAAAAUACGCAGUUGUCAAUGACAGUGAAAUAUAUAUCCAAGUGACUGUCAUAAGUUUUCUUGCAAGUGUACAGGCAUUUCUUAUUUCACUGUUAAGCCACGGCACUUUCAGUUGCCCUGUUUCCGCAACUCUAGCAAUUAUGUUAUGUUUGGCAUGGUGUGUUGAAGUGGUUUCACUUAGCAUAUUCCUCGCAGAUAUCUACCAUCCAUCAAAAGAAAGUCACGCGAAAAGCAAUGGUCAUUCAAUUAGUUUGAUGCUGUGUCUUGUUAUUGGUUUUUUCCCGUCAUUUAUUUAUCAGUUCCAAUUGAUUUGCAUCACGUUUGCAACACUUGUGUUGCUUUCUUUGUUUCUUGUGGUGGCAAGACGAAAACAGAUUUGCUCCUACAUGAGACUUUAGAUUUAGCUGUAAUUUCUGAACACGUUUCAAAAGGGAGAUAAACCCAGGUUAUUAUUUGUUAUUGAACUGGAUGAUAUUUUCUGAAUUUUAUAAAUAAAAUAUUUGAUUGCACGUAUUUUAUAAAACGAGUAAUGUCGGACCAUCUACAAUAUGUGAGCAACAAUUAGCGCAGCUUAAGAGUUUAAAUUUAAUAAUUAACCGAUGUCUUGUGAA